ACCAGACUCUUCCCUCGGCAGAGGCGUCACGUGAGGAACGCGUGAUGCGCGGAAACGUGUGACUUACCACCAGGGAGGCGGGGACGGAAGAUCACAUGACCCGGAAGAAUAAUGCAGGCAGUCGCUGGGUGGAGGUGAGAGCUCUUCCAUUGAUCCGUCAUGCCGGAGCACAGCGAUGCCAGCCUGCCCCCGGAAGAGAGGCUACGGGCUUUGGUAGAGAAGGGGACAUCCGUGGACGUGAAUGAUGACAUUCCACUGAAGCGCUACUACCGAUCUGGGGUAGAAUUGAUCCGCAUGGCCAAUGUGUACACGGGCGAAGGCAAUACAGAACAUGCUUUUAUCUUGUACAACAAAUAUAUCACGCUGUUUAUCGAAAGGCUUCCUAAGCAUCGAGAUUACAAAACUGUCAAUGCUAUAGAGAAGAAGGAAACAUUAAAGAAACUAAAAGAUGUCGCUUUCCCAAAGGCAGAAGAGCUCAAGAAAGAGCUGCACAAGCGAUACGGUAAAGAAUAUACAGAGUUCUUGGCAAAAAAGAAAUGUGAGGAAGAGGAGUGUGCACGCCGGUUGGCUCUACAGCAGCAGCUAGAAACUGAGAGGCAGAGGGUGGCCCGCAUGAAACAGCAGCAAGAACAGCAGGAGCAGUUCCAUGCCUUUGAGGAGAUGAUACGUAGGAAAGAAUUGGAGACUGAGAGGCUACGCAUCGUACAUCAGUUCUCAACGGACACCUCUGGCCCAAAGGCGUCUGAAGGACCCCUCAUCCCUGGCGUUAAUGAGCCCCCUGCAGUUUCACAGCUCCCCACCAAUGACACUGUCCUACCAGGGCCACCUGUUGUAGAUAGGACUCUGAAGCCAGCAAGUCUUCAUGAAGGCUCUGUUUGCCCAGAUAAGCUGCGUCGUGUCGGCAUUCCUCGGGAAGUAUGUGUGAAGUUUCUGAGACUGGCAGAGCUGAACACACAGAAAUCAGUGGAGACCUGUGGCAUCCUGUGUGGGAAGCUGAUGCAGAAUGAAUUUACCAUCACUCACGUCAUUGUGCCUAAGCAGUGUGGUGGUCCCGAUUAUUGCAACACUGAGAACGAGGAAGACCUGUUCUUGAUUCAGGACCAGCAUGGGCUUAUAACACUGGGAUGGAUACAUACCCACCCAACUCAGACUGCCUUCCUCUCCAGCGUGGACCUGCACACUCACUGUUCCUAUCAGAUGAUGCUUCCAGAGUCUAUCGCCAUUGUCUCCUCCCCAAAAUUUAAUGAAACGGGCAUUUUUAGACUGACAGACUAUGGCAUGAAGGAGGUUGGUGAAUGUCGACAGAAAGGAUUCCAUCCACACUGUAGAGACCCUCCCCUAUUUUGUGCCACCAGCCACACUACAAUCGUUGACACGGAUGUCGUUGUCGUGGACCUGCGAUAAAUCCUGCAAAGUGUAUGCCAAAUAACACUCCUUUUCACACAGUAACUCAUAAAUUGCCAGAUUGCCAUUAAACUCUGUAAAGAGCUAUUUGAAGGGAUGAAGUGUACUAGAAGGGACCAUGCAUUUGUCUGCACUAUGGAGAUUGUGGCCAUUUAGAACUAGCUUCUGCUUCCUGGAAUGCUCUCCCAACAUCAUAAAAUACAAAUGGCUUUACCCCACGUUCUGGGCUGCACAGUAACUAUGAAACCAGCUUGCAUUACGAAUAGGCCUUUUUAAUAAUCGGGUACAAAGAUCAGUGGUAUGCAGAAUGCAUCUUCCGACAACCUAAAUUUAUACAAAUCAUUGGAAGCUUGUUUCUGGUUGGUUGCUGUGGGGAGCUGCUUUCUGUAUAUUGUUCCUUGAGUUAUUAAAUGAGGCCUAAGACGCUU